AUGGACCACUCGCACCAUCACUCCGGGAUGAGCACCAUGGGCCACCCCAGUGCCCCGGCCCCUCCUCUCCAUCCGCUGGCCACCUCGGGGCCCCACUCCCACGGCCACAGCGCACACUGGAUGCCCAUAAUCUUCUACUUCGUCUACAAGAAAGUGGAGCUGCUGUUUGCAUGGCUGCUGAUCUACUUUGCUAUGGCCACGGCCCUGGCUUUCCUGGCUGUGUUUCUGCUGGCCCUGGCCUACGAGGGACUCAAGAGAGCUCGAGAGAGGCUCCGAACCUGGUGCUCGGCUCCCCCCAGACCAGAAGGAAGCUGCCCCGAGGAGACGCCCCGGCAGCAGCUGCUGAGCGCCGCUCACCUCCUGCAGACGGCACUGCACGGGCUCCAGCUGGCCCUGAGCUACCUGCUGAUGCUGACCGCCAUGACCUACAACGCCUACCUUGCCCUGGUCUUGCUGGCGAGGGCCGGCGCCGGCUACUGGCUCUUUGGCGGGAAGAAGGCGGAGCACGUGGACUCCCAGAACCUUCCCAGGAACAAGGCUCCCCUCCCUGACGCCUACCCUGUGCCUCCAGAGGACCAGCGACACCAGAACCUUGGUGAGACCGUGGUCGAGAUCACCGGGCUCCACACGGACUGUGCCAGCGCAGACAUGGAUACUGUCAGCUUGGGCUCAGACGUGGAGAGCAGGAUUGGUUCUUGGUAG